UUCGAAAACUCAUCUCAUAUAUAACAAACACAAAGGGUUAGAAUAUAAACAUGGCAAGAAUGAAUUUAAGUAAGGUGGUUAAGGCAUUCAAGGGCGUUUCCAAUGGAUCAUUGAGGCCAUCAUUUGUGAAAAAACAGAGAGCUUUUGUAACCGCUUCGAAACCUUUGCAAAAAGAUAGAUCAGAUGAAAAGGUCGAAGAAACAUGUGAUCAGGUAACUCAAGCAGCCGAAGCAGUUAAGAAAGGGGCAACGCAAGUAACAAACAUGACCAAAGACGUACGAGGGAAGGUUUCUGAAGCCACAGACAGUAUUACACAAAAAGCAAAAGAUGAUGUUGUUGAUGUGGCCGGCAAAAAACUUAAACAAACAGUCAUUGAUGAAAAAAAGUGAAAAAGAUUACAAACAACUAUUUCUGUGUCUAAACAUACUCUUAAGUCAUAAUUAGAUUGAAUUUUUACCGAAUUUCAUGA